AUGCAAAUUAGAAAUGUUCAGAACAUUACUCCGCAACUUAAUGACAAGAGUAUUAAAAUUUAUUACGAACAUACAUUUUUGACACCAGUUAAUAUAAAUGAAAAUGUUUUAACUUAUGAAUAUCCAAAACAUUGGGUAGAUUACGCAAGCGGUGAAAAAGCUAUUGAAAUAAGACAAAUUCGAACCAUUCCUGCAGGAAGACUAAUACAACUCGUUAACUUUAGUGUUGUAAGAGAAGAGAAAAAAUAUCCAUUACAAAUUUAUUUAGAUUUAAGUCCACAAGAAGAUAUGACAGUUUUCAAUGCUAAACUUAAAGAAAUGUUGCAAACUCAAUUAAAUAUGGCAUUGUAUCCAAAUGCAGAAGAAAUAGAAAUAUCAUAUCAAUCGGAUUCAAAUAUACUGCAAUUUAAAAUUAAUUCAAAUCUCAAAGAUAAAGUAGGAUUUUAUUUCAAUGACGCUGAAACACAUUCAAAUAGAAACUUUCAAGCUAUAACGUGUCUUAAAGACGACAGUUUAUUUCAAAAUUUAAGUAAGUUCAGUGCUGAAAAGAUAAAUAUAAACCAACUUGAAGAUUUAUUACCGGACAACGUGUCAGUCAGUGGUUCAGGACAUUUAUUAACAAAUAUAACUUUUGAAGAUGUUUGGUCUCGCGAAAGUAUGUUAUUAAAAUCUAGUAUUAGCGAUUUCGCUGAAAAUUCUGUUCUUGGUUUAACAAACUGUUAUUAUUCUCCACCAAAGCAUUAUAGUAUAACAAAUUAUGUAAAUAAAUUUACAUUAAAGCUUUUUGAGCCAUCUUCGAAGAAUGUUGUAAUACUACCAAACGACUUGAAAGAUACAAUACUUAUUGAAAUGAUAUUAAUAGCAUUCUAA